UCUCGCUCACUUUUGACAUUCUCCUUGCAGCAGUCGCUUCUCUUCGAGGCAGGACUCAGAGGACACCUCCCCGCACCGACCGCAGGAGAAGCGAGGGAAGGUUUGCCUCUAUUCUCUUGAACUAUGUUUUGACGGUGGGACGACUUUAAAAAGUUUACGGACUGAAUCAGAUAACCGGGGAACUUGUGGGAAUACUCUAAAGAACAGUCGAGCCCAGACUCUCGCACUCAAGGAAUGUGAAAACCCCAUUUUGGCGCAUGUUCCUCUCCAUUGUGCGCAGCCUUCUCCUGCUUUCUACGCGGUUGGAAAGCGGAGGAGGAGAAGGAGGAGGGACGGCUUCUCUGGACUCGAUCUCUCGCCUAUGGACGACGGCGGUCCCCUCUCUCCAAAGGCAAAUGCUUUCAGUAUUGCCUCUCUGAUUUCGGCUGCAGAGCAAGCAGGAAACGCGGCGUUUGAGAAACAGAGCACCGGCCUGGACAAGCCAGACCUGCAUAACCACAGCUCCUAUAAAAUGCACUACAGCACUGUCACCCGGGAAAUGGAAGCCUUCACGACGAGCAGCCUGAGCAGCCUCAACACGCCGGGGGGCUACCACCUCUCUCCGUCCCCCGGGGACCCCUACAGCCAGCAUGAGGCCCACUUCGAGCCCUGCCCGGCCGCCCAGCACAACUACAACUACCCGGGCUCCAACCCGGGCCAGAACCCGCAGAGCGACGGGGGGACUCCCAACUGCUCCUCGUCCUCCAACAACUCCACUCCCAACGGAAAAACCCUCGUGAAGAAGAACCCCAAAGUGGCCACCAUUAACGUGCAGCUGGAGAUGAAAGCUUUAUGGGACGAGUUUAAUAUGCUGGGCACGGAGAUGAUCGUUACCAAGGCCGGCAGGAGAAUGUUUCCAACUUUCCAAGUGAAAAUAUUCGGGAUGGAUCCCAUGUCAGACUACAUGCUGCUGAUGGACUUCCUGCCCGUAGACGACAAACGUUACAGGUAUGCUUUCCACAGUUCCUCGUGGCUGGUCGCCGGUAAAGCGGACCCCGCCACGCCGGGCAGGGUGCACUACCACCCGGACUCUCCGGCCAAAGGCGCGCAGUGGAUGAAGCAGAUUGUCUCUUUUGAUAAACUCAAGCUCACCAACAACCUGCUGGAUGACAACGGCCAUAUCAUCCUGAACUCCAUGCACCGAUACCAGCCCCGGUUCCACGUGGUUUAUGUGGACCCCCGCAAGGACAGCGAGAAAUAUGCCGAGGAGAAUUACAAGACCUUUGUUUUUGAGGAGACCCGCUUCACAGCAGUCACAGCCUACCAGAACCACCGGAUCACGCAGCUGAAGAUAGCCAGCAAUCCCUUCGCAAAGGGCUUCAGGGACUGUGACCCAGAGGACUGGCCCAGGAAUCACAGACCAGGCUGUCUGCCAAUAAUGAGUGCCUUUGCCAGAACAAGAAACCCAAUGUCGUCCCCGCCUCCGCAGAACGGCUCCGAGAAAGAGGACAGCAGGAGGGAGUACGAGCGGGACCCCAGCGGCACGCCCAUACACGGAGACCCGGCCCACCAGCUGAUGUCCCGGGUCCUCAGCCCCGCCCUGCCCGUCCCGGGGGGCCUCCACGGCGUCUCACUCUCCAGCGGCAGACCCAGCCCCCCCCACGACCUUCGCCAAGACCCCCACGGUCUCCCGCCCGACACCCUGCACCACCACCCCUACAAGUACCCCACCACCUACGAACACUACCUGGGAGCCAAGACCCGGCCCUCGCCCUACCCUUUACCCGGCAUCAGAGGACACACGUACCACCACCACAUGAACCCAGCCACGGCUAACAUGUACUCAGCCACCAGCGGCCCCUCUAACUAUGACUACGGGCCCCGGUAA